GUGUGUGGUGGGCCCACACGCAUUAACAAAACAGUUACACCGAACCAAUGCCAUCCCAUGGAAGUGAUGAGAUCAAUGGUGAUUUCACCGGAAUCAUUCGCGGAAAUGAUGAUUCCGGAACUGAAAACCCCACUUCUUAACCAAACUACUCCUACUUUCCACCCUUUAUCACCCUGUCUUUCCGCCUCUUCCACCUGAAACAGAUCCCUCCCCACCUGCAAAAACCCUAAAUCCCAUGGAUGAGUCCUUCAUGUUAAUGCUCUCGAACCUCCUCCACCUCCACAACUCCCUAGACUCGUCAACUUCCUUCCUCCCCUCCCCUUCUUCAUCCUCCUCCGCCUCCUCCCCUUCCUCCCUCCUCUCGUCCUCCCCUCCUACCCCUCUCCUCUUCUUCACCCUCGCUUCCCUCCUCUCUUACCUCGCCUCCCAAAAAAAACCCACCUCCACCAAACCCCCCUCUUCCACCUCUAUCACCACUACAAACCUUGAAUCCUCCUCCUCCUUCUCCGUUUCCGCUUUCCGGGCACUCUCCACUGAACACAUCUGGUCAUUAGAAGCUCCUCUUCGUGACUCCCAAUGGAGGUCAAUGUACGGGUUAUCCUAUCCUGUUUUUACUACUGUUGUUGAUAAAUUAAAACCCCAUAUUACUGCUUCUAAUCUUUCUUUACCCACUGAUUAUGCUGUUAGUAUGGUUCUCUCUAGAUUAGCACACGGGUUUUCUGCUAAAACACUUGCUUCGCGGUAUUCUUUAGAGCCUUAUUUAGUUUCUAAGAUUACUAAUAUGGUUACAAGAUUGUUGGCUACUAAGCUUUACCCUGAAUUUAUUAAGAUUCCGGUUAGUAAACGGAGGUUGAUUGAGACUACACAGGCAUUUGAGGAGUUGACUUCUUUGCCUAAUAUGUGUGGAGCUAUUGAUGGGAGUCCAAUUAAGGUGAAACGUGCGGAUAUUGGGGGUAAUAUGUAUAAAUGCCGAUAUGGGUACUCGUCGGUUUUAUUGCAAGUUGUGGCUGAUCAUAAGAAGGUGUUUUGGGAUGUGUGUGUGAAGGCGCCAGGUGGGAGUGAUGAUGCUAGUCAUUUGAGGGGGAGUGUGUUGUAUAAUAGGCUUGUUUCGGGUGAUGUUGUGUGGGAUAAGGUGAUUAAUGUUAGGGGUCAUCAUGUUAGGCCAUAUAUAGUUGGGGAUUGGUGUUAUCCCUUGCUGUCAUUUCUUAUGACACCCUUUUCACCGAAUGGGUCUGGGACUCCUUCACAGAAUUUGUUUGAUGGGAUGUUGAUGAAAGGGAGGUCAGUAGUGGUGGAUGCUAUUGCAUUGUUGAAGGGAAGGUGGAAGAUUUUGCAGGAUUUGAACGUGGGUCUUGAUCAUGCACCACAGACCAUUGUUGCUUGCUGUGUUCUGCAUAACUUGUGCCAAAUUGCAAGGGAGCCAGAGCCAGAAACUUGGAAGGAUCCAGAUGAGGGUGGUGUUCCAGCAAGAGGGCUUGAGAACGAGAAGUCUUUUCAUUAUUUUGGAGAUAGCCUGAGGCAGGCGCUGGCUGAUGAUUUGCACCAGAGACUUUCUUCAAGAUAGAUUUAUGCUCUUAUGAGAAACUGUUUUGCAGCCAUUACUUUCUCUGCAAGGAUAAAUUCUUUAGUAAUUCUAACCCAAUUUAGAUGACAUGUGGGUUUUCUUUUGCUUGCUUAUUUGGCCUCUUUUGGAACGUUUUAGAUGUAGGUUUUCUGCAUCAUUGAACUCCAUAUGCAAUCAAUUCUCUGUACUUCAUAGGGUGAGCUAACUUGGAAAUUGAAUUCUCUAAUCAGAGAAAAGUCAGAUAACCGUAGUUGGAGGUAUCAGUACUUGAUUGUUACUUGUAUUGUUGCUCAUUAAAUGAAUGUUUGUUUUGCUCGA